UUGCUGGCGGGCGACGCGGGCGAGCGUCUGGCGCUGCAUUGGGUCAGUAGAGGUCCUCAAUUGGAUUGCUGGUCGCACGCACCGAAGCCCUGAUGGAUUGCGCAAGCAUGAUGGCGGAUUGGGGGUGCAAGCUGAGCUGUAGAGUUGUGAUCCGUCGGCUGUAGCGUUUUCUCAGGGAAAGAGCGGCCGUCCUGGGACGCACGGGCCAUCUUGUCUUGGCUAGCAAACCGCGCCUGCCUGAUCAUAAUCCCGCUCCUUCUGCCUCACACCCUCUCUCUCUGUAACUCUUGCCACAACGACCCAUCGCAGCUCUGAGUGAACACACACUCAACUCCGUCCCUACCGCCGAACGCUAUAGCAGCCGCUCGCUCGCUCGCUCGCUCGUACAGGAAGGUCGUGCCGUGAACCGGGUACUUUGUGCUCCUCAGAUAGACAAUACAAAGACCGACCGUGCUUCAAUACCAUCAUGUCACUCAGCGUCCCCGCGUUCGCGCCCGACGGCCGCCAGCUGUCGCCUGGCGAAGUCUGGGAAGAGACAACGUCCGCUCCGAAGCAGGAGGAGUGGCGUCAAGAUCUCAACGUACUCCUCAUUUGCCCCGACUGUCGCGAGGUCCCGCCGAACCUAGUCGAGAACUUCUCCCGCGGUGACACGGUGUGCGGAGACUGUGGCCGGGUCCUGUCAGAGCGGAACCUUGACUUCCGCUCUGAGUGGCGCACCUUCUCCAACGAUGACCAAGGCAACGAUGACCCCUCGCGUAUUGGAGACGCAGCCAACCCUCUGCUUCAUGGCUCCCAGCUGCACACCGAGAUUGCAUACGGCGAUGCAAGCAACAAACAUCGUGAACUCUCCCGCGCCCAGAACAAGUCCAACGACAACAAGACCAACAAGUCUCUGUCCUCCGCCUAUGCCUCCAUCGGUCAUCUCUGUGAGCAACACUCCAUGAACAAGGUGAUUGCUGAGUCUGCCAAGCUGCUCUACAAGAUGACGGACGACGGAAAGCUGUUCAAGGGCAAAUCGCAGGACGCCGUCAUCGCCGGUUGCAUCUUCAUCGCGUGUCGUCAGCAUGGCUACGGACGCUCGUUCCGUGAAAUCUAUAAGCUCACCCGCGUCUCCAAGAAGGAGAUUGGCCGAACCUUCAAGAUCCUUGAGGCCUACAUCAACAAGAAGAAGAAGGAGCAAGACGGCCCCAAGGCAGCUGGCAGUGGUGCUGUGAUCAACGCUGGCAACUUCAACCUCACCAAAGCCACUACGGCCUCCGAGCUUAUUGGCCGAGCCUGUUCAAGGUUGCAUAUCGGGAAACUGGAGAUGAUUGCGAAAGACUGCGCCAACAAGGUCAACCAACUCGGUGUAGCUGCUGGUCGAUCUCCUCUGUCAAUCACGGGAGCUGUCCUUUUCCUCGUUUCGCAUCUCAUGGGCAGCCCGAAGAGCCCCAAAGAGAUUGGCGCGGUUGUGGAUGUCUCCGACGGUACUAUUCGUACCGCCUACAAGCUCAUGUACGCGCGCCUAGACGAAAUCGUGGAGCCUGGGUGGAUCGAGAAGGGCGGCGACAAGUCUCGGGUCCCAGUCGCUUAGAUUGUGGGUGGGCCACCACGGCACGAUGUGAGAGUUCGUUCUGCCCCAGAGCAAGCACUGCACGGGAAGGUUGUACCCAAUUGUUCAAUCUGGUACCACUUGGAUGAGCAGUAUGGAGCUUGAAGGAUGUUCGUUCUACGGUACAGAUUGUUCUCAUUGUUUCGUUCUUCCAACUGAUUUCUUAUCAUUUCAUUGCAUGGACGACGGCGUUGCAGAUGGCACUGUUCGAUUACGGUCAUGAUUACGGCUCUCGUCUCUGCCUUUGCUUUCUU